AUGUCUACACGCGCGAUCGUAAAGUCCGUGCUCUCCGGCGACACGGUGAUCGUGCGUCCGAAGGAGGCACCCGCCCGUGGUCAAGCCACUAAGGAGCGCGUCCUCCACUUGGCCGGCACAACAGCCCCGCGCGUCGGCACGGCGUCGCGUGAUGACGAGCCCUUUGCCUUCCCCGCCCGCGAGUUCCUCUGCUCCCACCUGGUUGGCAAGGAGGUCGCGUUCACCGUCACGCACACCCUCCCCUCCGGCGGCGAGUUUGCCACGGUCCUUUCUGCCCCACCAGGGCCAGGCAAGCCGCCACAGGAUGUCGCUACGCUGGUGGUCGAGAACGGGUGGGCAAAGGCACGCGACAACGCGCCUGAGGCACUCAAGGAGGCUGAGGGUCGGGCUCAGGCCGAGAACCGUGGGCUGUGGGCCGCACAACCUGACCAGCUCACUGUUGCGUUCUCGAUGCCCUCCGACCCGCACGCCUUCAUUGCCGAGCACGCCGGCGAGAUCGACGCCAUCGUCGAGCAGGUCCGCGACGGCACGCAGCUCCGUGUGCGUCUGAUGUUGGACGAGAACCACCACCAGAUCAUCAACCUCGUCAUUGCCGGUGCCAAGAGCCCUCGCGCCAGCAUUACGCGCGACGGUGAGCUACAGGCAGCCGAGCCGUGGGGUGAGGAAGCCAAGUUCUUCACCGAGGCUCGAAUCCUCCAGCGCCACAUCAAGGUCCGCCUUCUCUCCGCUCCCGUGUCCCUCAACUCGGCACCGUUCCAAACCACCGAGGGUGGCGGCCUUCCCGCGCCCGUGCAGGGCGCUAGCUUCAUCAUCGGCCAGGCUAUCCACCCCAAUGGCAACAUUGCAGAGUUCCUCAGCUCUGCCGGUCUUGCCAAGGUCAUCGACUGGCAUGCAGGCAUCCUCGCGCCGUACGGCGGCCUCGAGAAGCUCCGCGCCGCUGAAAAGUCUGCCAAGGAGCGCCGCGUGGGACUGUGGGAGGGAUACGGCGCCACCAAGGCCGCGAACGGCGCUGGCGCGGCUGUUGCCAGCUCCACGACUAAGGGGCAGUCCUUCGAGGCCACCGUCGUCCGGAUCUGGGGGCCUGACCAGCUGAGCAUCGUCGCCAAGGGCGACUCGCCGACCAAGGACCGCCGUGUGCAGCUCGCCUCGGUGCGCGGACCGCGCGGUGCCGACGCCAAGAACUCGUACUACGCCGCCGAGGCCAAGGAGUUCCUCCGCAAGCGCCUUGUUGGCAAGGUUGUCAACGUGCACAUCGACUACGUCAAGCCCAAGGACGGCGAGUACGAAGAGCGCGAGUGCGUCACCAUCAAGUAUGGCGGGAACCAGAACAAUGUCUCGGAGCAGCUCAUCGAAAAAGGCCUUGCGACCGUGUUAAGGCACCGCCGCGACGACGAGGACCGCAGCAUGGAGUACGACAAGCUCGUACUGGCCGAGCAGGCCGCCGCCGCCGAGACCAAGGGGCUGCACUCGCCUAAGGAGGUGUCACUCCCCCGUAUUGUGGAUGCGAGCGAGAACAACUCGCGCGCGGCGCAGUUCCUUCCCUCGUGGAAGCGCCAUGGCAAGCACAACGCCGUCGUUGACUUUGUCUCGGCAGGCAGCCGCUUCAAGCUCCUCCUUCCCAAGGAGAGCGCCAAAAUCACGUUCGUGCUCGCUGGUAUCCGUGCGCCGCGCACUGCUCGUAACCCCAACGAGAAGAGCGAGCCAUAUGGCAACGAGGCACACCGCUUUGCCUCCCGCGCUCUGCAGCGUGAUGUCGAAGUCACGUUUGACAGCACGGAUAAGCAGGGCGGAUUCAUUGGAGGCAUGUUCAUCGGGAACAACAACGUUGCCGUUGAUCUCGUGCGUAAUGGUCUCGCUACAGUGCACGAGCCGAGCGCGCGCAACCUGCCCUUUGGCGGUGAGCUGCUUGCCGCUGAGGAGGCCGCCAAGAACGAGCGCAAGAACAUCUGGGCCGACUUUGAUGACGAGCAGGAGGUCGCGCCAACGGUCGACACCGGCAGCGCACUCCCGCCUCAGUACCUCGACGUCUGCGUGUCGAGCGUUCGCGAAAGUGACCCCUUCACCUUCUCGUACCAGGAGCUGGACGAGACCAACAUGGCGGCCCUCGAGCGCCUCAUGUCUGACUUUGGCCUGCACCACCGGAACCAGUCCAACGCCGCGCCGGCCGGCUGGACGCCCAAGACGGGCGAGCUCGUCUCGGCAAAGUUCUCCGAGGACAACACGUGGUACCGUGCGCGCGUGAAGCGUGCGUCGGGGAUGAAGAAGGAGGCCCACGUCUACUUUAUCGACUACGGAAACGAGGAGACUAUGCCCUUCUCGCGCAUCCGUCCUCUGGACCAAAAGUUCAAGAACCUGCCAGGGCAGGCAAAGGAGGCGCGGCUGUCGUUUGUCAAGCUCCCUCCCCGGGACAGCGAGUACGGUGGCGAGGCAUGGCGCCGUUUCGGUGACCUCACGAUCGGGCGCAAGCUCGUCGCCAACGUAGACCAGCGCGAGGGCAACCUCGUCCACCUUCGUCUCAUCGACCCGACGGACCCCAACUCGGCUGAGGACCCGCUGGCCUGCGUCAACGCCGACCUCGUGCGCGAGGGUCUCGCUGCGCUCGACAAGGGCCUCAGGUACCUCGGCGCAUACCCGCAGAUAGUCAAGAAGAUCCAGCAGGCUGCCGAGGGCGCCAAGAUCGACCGCCUUGGCAUGUUUGAGCUUGGCGACGUGAGCGAGGACUAG